AUGCCUCCCAAAGCUGCUGCUGCUCCCAAGGCCAAGGCCUCGCACGCUUCCUACCAGGACAUGAUCACUGAUGCCAUUGUCAACCUCAAGGACCGCAAUGGCUCUAGCCGUCAGUCUCUCAAGAAGUACGUCAAGGCCAACAACUCCUUGAACGUGUCGGACAACAUGUUCGACUCCCUCUUCAACAAGGCCCUCAAGGCCGGCGUCGAGAAGGGCGUCUUUGCCCAGCCCAAGGGCCCCUCGGGCGGCACCAAGCUGGCCAAGAAGCCCGCCGCCCCCAAGAAGGCCGCUGCCACCACCGCUGCCCCCAAGAAGGCCGCUGCCGCCAAGCCUGCCGCCAAGGCCGCUGCUCCCAAGAAGGCUGCUGCCCCCAAGAAGGCCGCUGCUGCCAAACCCGCGGCGAAGAAGGCUGCUGCUCCCAAGAAGGCCGCCCCGAAGAAGACUGCUGCCAAGGCUGAGAAGCCCGAGACGGUCCUCACCAAGACCAAGUCUGGCCGUGUCGCCAAGGUGGCCAAGCCUACCGUCAAGAAGGCUGCCCCCAAGAAGGCCGCUCCCAAGAAGGCCGCUGCCGCCAAAUAA